UUGUUAUAUUUAAAAAGUUGCGGAUUUCUCAGUAACUGGAUUGUUUAAAUCUCAUAAUCAACCGAUACUUUUGUUUCCAUCAAAAGAUUUGUUGAUUUUUGUAACACCGCUAGUGAUUUGGAUGAAUUUUUUAAAUCCAACUUGAGCUGAACAAUGGCGCGCUGAAGUCAUUCAAUACCUUUCCAUUAUCCGCGAUAUCCCUUUUUACCUUGUAUAUACUAAUCACUGAUCCGUGACCGCAGCCGAUCUUUCAUGCGUCAUAAUAAGUAAAUAAAAGCCCACCUACUAACGAUUAACUCAUACGGUAUAAAGACAAAGACUUUUAAUCGUGGGAUAAAUAAAUUGUUCUAAUUUCUGCAUUUACAACGAAAAUCAAAACGCUUUAAAUGUGAACACGCUAGCCGCGUGACCUGUCUGAUAGCGAGUUAGUCAAUGGUUUGCCGACCGAGGCUGUUCCCCCUGAUAAGUUACAAUGGAUUAGCCCUAAGUAGAAAAAGCGUAUCAUAAAACAACUUAUUUCGACACAUUUAGGAUCAUUUGCACUUGAUUGGAAAGGGGAAGUGAGGUAGAUUUGUUUAUUGAUGAGAUGUCCAAAGAUGUGAUCGGAACUGUUUCCGGGAAUAGAGACAACACACCACGCACAUUGUUUUUGUUCUGUGAUCGGCGCACGGAUCUGUGAUUUCAAUAUAAUGGGAGACAUUGCAUAGCGUUCUGAUGCUGCGAAUGUUUAUGAGACAAACUUGUCUCAGUUUAUCCCAAGUUUGGAAAGGAUAGCAUGGGUGAUUUUCCUUCUUCUAAAAAACGAGAUGUUUUUAAUCGGCUAAGACGUCGUUUUGAAGAAUACAGACGCCAUCACAACACUUCCAAUACCUAUUACGACAAUACAAUUAAUAAUAUUUACGAGCAUCAAUCGCUCGAGACUCUGAGCCAUCGGCAAAGGUGGCUGGACUCUAAAGCAAAGAAAGCGUCCAAGCAAUCCAAGGCCAACCGGGAGUCAGCGGGGAGUCAGACAAAUCUAAUUCCUCGCUUGAAGAGAAGAUUAGACGUAAACCAAGGCGACGGAUCGACGACAGACGGCGCUGACACAGAGGGAUCAUCGGCAAAGCAGGCGAACAACGGUACCACAAGCGAAAUCAACUUUUCUGUGCGGAUCGAACAGCAGGAUAACAACGUAAAACUUGACGUACACGCUACCGUCGGCUCCAAAGGAGAAUCUAGUGUCGAAACUACCGCUAAUGUCAAAUGCGAACAAAAACAAAGCCCCGACGACUGUAGCAAUGAAAACGGGAACCUCAGUCCGUCAGAUAAUAUAAGUAUUAACGACGAAGACAUUGACUUUAUUUUGAGGUCCAUGGUGGAAAAUAACCAGGACGAGAAUUUGUUGGAGGAGAUUAACAAAUUUGAGAAAAUUUGUCAAAGUAAAUUUUCGGAUGACAGUAAUAACAGUAAUGACACAAAAAUGUAUCCCUUAAUGAAGUCUCCGGGACUUCCCAACAAGAUUGAAUCCAACUCGCCGAUUUUCAAUGGCAACCCGAAGUAUCCAGUUAACUCGCCGCACCUACAGAACUUUAAUAGAGCACCUUCGACAAGCAUGGCAGAAGGCACACUGCCGGCUGCAGAGACAUUGAAACAGUUAGCAGCCAACCAUCAAAAUCAAAGCACGGGCACGGGCCCCUUCCCACCAUAUCCUGGCCACCAGAUUUCUCCUGAUACUGGCCAAUUUCCACCAAAUUCCGGAUAUCCUCCAAAUUAUGACCCACCUACCCCUUCUCAUUACAAUCCAAACCAAGGACCGUAUAUGAAUAAUAUGCAUGGGCAUGUGCCGUUUAACCAGUCAAAAUCGGAGGCAGGUUUAACAUAUAAUGGUACCAAGCCACUCACUCAUUAUCAGCCAAGUGUUCCCGUUUCUGUGCAACAAACGCAACCCCAGUCGUCGUUGCAACAACUUCAAAAUCAAGUCCAAUCACAUUUCAGCCAAUCUCCACAAAUGGAAAUCACCCAGACACAGCAUGUGCAAGUAACAGACGGGGCCAGCCGAAUGCAAAUGUCUCAGACCCAACAGGUCCAUAUGAGACAGCCACCGCAGCAGAUGUCGAUAUCGCAGCAGCAGUCAUUCAGUGUGCCGGGAGCUAACAUGGGACCAAACAGUCAAAACUCUCAAUACAUGAAUGAACAAAUGAAAAUGCAGAUGAUGCAAGAGAAAAUGCGUCGCGAUCGACAAGCAAAAGCUCGUUCACUAUUAGAAAGUCAAAGGCAGCAGCAGCAACAGUAUAUGAAUCGUCCCCCACCAGAAUACAAAAUGCAGCAAUCCGCACCUGAAGGGUAUCCAGGGGCAGAAAUGGGCCCCAAUCCACUUCAGACCAUGCAGAACAUGGUCAACCAAACCAGUACUUUGCCAUCUGCACAGUACAGUCAUAUCAAAUCUGAAAGUGCUAGUGUACAAAUGCCAAAUGGUAUGAUGCAGUCACACCAGGUAACUGCAAUGCAGCAAAGAGUUGGUAGUGGACACAUGCCUGAUAUGCCACAAGGCAAUCAACCUUAUCCGAUCCAGCGACAACAGUCGUAUCCAGGUGCCCAUCCACAUCCGCUACGUCCUCAGAGGCAUCCGCCCGAGUCGACGUUCACAAGUUCUAUCAUGCGUAAUCAACGACCACCAAACGUCAACGUAGGUCCAGAUGGCCUAAAUAUCUCCCAGCCCCGCAGUGAGUGGCCAAGACCAAUGUUGAAUCAACAAAUGUCCAGACAACCAAUGUCGUCUGGCAUGCCGCAAAUGAGUGCGCAGGUUGGAAUGAUGCAAUAUCAAUAUGCAAAUCAAAAUGGUAUGGGAGGGUCUAGUAUGCCAGGUAUGCAGGGACCACCAGCACGGCCCAUGCAAAUGGGUUCUAUGCAAUCACAACCUAUGAUGCCGCAAUCUCACCCAAUGAUGAUGCAUCAAAGCAUGCAAAUGUCACAGAGAAUGGCAAUGCGAGCGGGACAUUGGACUCGACUAAUCAAAUACCAAAUGGAUCAAAUCAUGAGGACAUUAUAAACCUACUAGACAGUGCUGGACCUAAUAACAAUCCGGAACUUUUGGAUACAAUGACUGUACAAAAUUCGGAUCCCAGUAAUGAUGCCGCGUGGCUGGACGAGAUUCUUGGCGGGAAAUGAUUGUCAGAAGACAAGCGUUGAUUUAUCGAGAUAAUUGAAGAUGCAUCGAUUUCCUCUUUAGAUAUGAAAUUGAAAUGAUUCUAGAUGCAGCUUGAUGCAAGUGAUAUUUACAUAAUCGAUACGAUGAAACAGAGAUUGUGCGGCGCUCUGUCCUGCAGUGUUAAGCACUGUAAUGAUUUUGAAUGACAUCAAUAUUUGUGAUGAUGGGAUAUUGGACCAGUAGUCAGACAGGAGUCUCUGCACCCCAAGGUUUCCGGCGCUUCCUAACUCUGUGAAGGAAAUGUCGAGUGUAUUUUUAACUCAAGUGCUUGUAUUCAUUAGAUCUGUUACUUGUUUUCAUUUUUUAAAAAAAAUCUACCUCCAGGACUAUGACCAUUUCUGUAUCGAAAACAACUUCGUUAUUUUAUUUUAUCUUUUUAUUAGUUAUGCAUUUUUAGAAAUUUCCGAUGAGCCGAAUGUCCCCAAAAUGUAAAUUACACAUUUAAUUAAGGUUUUGUUUGGAAAUAAUUGAACGGAUCAGUAUUGAUUGUUUUGCAUUGAUUUCUGUUUUCAUCCUUUCUUCGAGUUUUGUUGUGACCUUUCCCAUGAUUCUAGUGUAAUAAUAUUAUUAUGAUAUAUGUUACGUUGGUUAAAUCGAACCUAGUAGUUGUAGCGUUUAGCUUUUCUUUCUCUACAUUAUAUAGUUAGUAUUGCAUGUUGCCAUUAUUUUGUUUACCCCUUUCGUUGACCUCGCGACAUAUGGCAAGAAAACUUAAAAACGGCGGGCACUUGUCCCACCCGUUUUCAAGCGAGUAACAUCGUAAAAACCGGACUAAUUGAAGUAUGUGUGACAGUGAGAAAUUGAAAUGAGAUAUUUAAGCGUUAAGCAAUGGGGAACACAUUGACCAAAUAGCUUUCUAUUUAUUGUCUUUCUCCAUUAUGAGCCUAACGCUGAAGGCGCCGAAUCUCGGCCCUUUUGAAAAGAGAUAACGGGAGCUAUAGUCUCUUCUCGCAUCAUUUUGUAUUAGCAUUUCAGUCGAUGGUCGACAGUUGAAAUUUAUUGCAAUUAAUUUAUUCCCCGAGAUUUGCUGAAUAUUCUUGACACAUUCACAUUUAAUUAAAGAAUUCUCGAGCGACUUGACAUCACACAUGACAUCGAGACAAAUCAAAAAUGUAUUUUUUUUUUUUUUUUUACAUUUGAUGUUUUAUUGUCUUCUAAUCUGACAAAAAUCAAGUUGUAUUAUGUAAGGUAUUUUUCAUAUCGAUUGUUUACAAUGUUUUUAUUGAAUAAAUCUAUUUUAAAAUUA